AUGGAAAAGGGUUUCGGGUAUGCAUUAGGACUCAUCCUACUUUUAACUGCUUCUAUGCGGGCAGUUGCUACAGCCAACAAGCACAUCACAAAAGGGACAAAACAUUGGAGCUAUGGCUUCAACUACACUGACUGGGCUUCCAAACGCCUGAAUACUAGUGCUGAUUCCAAAAGGAUUGUUGUUGGUGGAUCCGAAAAGUGGCAUUACGGCUUCAACUACUCCGAUUGGGCUAUCAAAAACGCCCCCUUUUACCUCAAUGAUACAUUGGUAUUCAAGUUUGAUCCACCAAAUGGUGGUCCUACUUCAUUUCCUCACAGCGUUUACUUGCUACCCAACUUUUGGAGCUUCUUAAACUGCGAUCUGAGAAGAGCAAAGCUGGUGGCAAGCCCGACACAAGGAGGGGGCGAGGGAUUCGAGUUUGUGCUGAAGAAGUGGCAGCCUCACUACUUUGCUUGUGGUGAACAUGAUGGUUUGCAUUGCAAAAAUGGAACCAUGAGGUUUUCUGUGUUUCCACUGAUUCAUCGUUGCGUCAUGCCACCAAGAAAGGAUCUCGGGGAAAGUUCCAGCUCCAAUCCCACGGAAAGGGAUGAGGAACAGGUUGAGGAAGAUGAUAUCUUGUUACGUGAUUUGGUCCCACCAAAAGGGGAACAAGCGAGGGGGACCGUUGAUCCACCUUUUCAGAUAAAUGAGGAACAGUUGCAGUUGACCGUUGAGGCAACUCUUUUCAAAGCAUUUCGACCGGCAAGAGUGUAA